AGCGGCCUGCGGCGUGGCCCGCGGCGACGAUGAGUUUACCCCUCAACCCGAAACCUUUCCUCAAUGGCCUCACGGGGAAGCCAGUGAUGGUGAAGCUCAAGUGGGGGCUGGAGUACAAGGGCUACCUGGUGUCGGUGGAUGGCUACAUGAACAUGCAGCUUGCAAACACAGAAGAAUACAUAGACGGGGCGCUGUCUGGACACCUGGGUGAAGUUUUAAUAAGGUGUAACAACGUCCUUUAUAUCAGAAGUGUUGAAGAAGAGGAAGAAGAUGGGGAAAUGAGGGAAUAG